UCAGCCAAACAACACGACUAAAUAACCGCCUGGGAGAUUAUUCAGCUUUAUGAUACAGGAACAACUUCCUACACAACAAUAAUAAAGACACCAACAGCAACAUGUCUGUGAACUAUGCUGCUGGUCUCUCCCCGUACGCGGACAAAGGAGUGUGUGGACUCCCCGAGGUGUUUGACAAUCCUGAGGAGCGAAAGGCGAAGGUAGAGACCCUCGCCCAGUUGAUAAAAGAAUCUCAAUACUUGGUUGUCCACUCUGGAGCAGGAAUCAGCACCUCAGUAGGCAUCCCCGACUUUAGGGGUCCAAAAGGUGUGUGGACGUUAGAAGAAAAGGGGGAGUCACCUCACUUUGAGACCACAUUUGAAGAUGCCCGACCCAGCUUCACUCACAUGGCCCUCCUGGGACUGCAGAGGGCCGGCUACCUCAAGUAUCUCAUCAGCCAGAAUGUGGACGGCCUACAUGUCCGAUCCGGCUUCCCCAGGGAUGUGUUAUCAGAGCUCCAUGGAAACAUGUUUGUGGAGGAGUGUGAGAAGUGUGGCAGGCAGUAUGUCAGAGAAAAAGUGAUCGGUGUGAUGGGACUGAAACCGACAGGACGUCACUGCGAUGUGGUCCGAUCCAGGGGACUUAGAGCCUGCAGGGGAAAGCUGAUGAGCACUAUACUGGACUGGGAGGAUGCUCUUCCUGACAAAGACCUGAACAAAGCAGAGGAAGCAAGCAGACGAGCCGACCUGGCACUGACGCUUGGCACCUCCCUGCAGAUCAAACCCAGUGGAGACCUUCCACUUUUCACCAAGCGGAAAGGAGGGAAACUGGCCAUCGUCAACCUGCAGGCCACGAAACACGACAAGCAUGCGCACCUGCGUAUCCAUAGUUACGUGGACGACGUCAUGAAACAGCUAAUGGAGCUGCUGGGAGUUGACAUCCCAAAGUGGAACGGUCCGACUGUCUGUGAGAGCGUCACUUCGGAGUCCACCACCGAUGUCAAACCACCACGUGCAGUUAAAGCAAAGAAGAAGGUGAAAAGGGACCCGAUUAAGAAGGAGAGAAAAAGAGACCCGACGGCACUGACAGACGAUGGGAGUGUUAAGGAGGAGACGGUCUCGGUAAAGAGGGAGAGAGCGGACUCCCCAGUCCAGUUAAAAUUAGAGAAAUAGCCUCGGGUAUUAUUUCUCACAACAACGUCGCAACACAAACCUGUCACAAAAUAGACUUUACAACAAAAGGGGCUCGGUUUGAUCAGUUUCAGAGUACAAAGGUUCUUCUCAUCUUCUUCACACCCUCUGGAGCAAAGACUCUUAUUACCGCAGUGGUUUUGUUUACCCCAUAUUUGUUUGCAUCCCCCUGACAGCGACGAUACACAGCAAUAUGAAACUGACUCCUCAGCUGAAGGCUCACAAUUUGACCACCUGACACCUGGACUUGAUUGAGUCCAGGGUAAAAUGAAGACUCUUCCUUAGGUGGAUGUUUGAGUGGUUCAUUUCUGGUCAAACAACAUGCCUUAAAAGUACAUUUACCAAUGAAUGUCCCGACUUAGAGCUUUAGUUUACUUCCAGUCUCUAACCGACGCUGGAUGAGAUCUGGAGCACAAAGUUAUAAAUAAAACUUAUUUUGUGUGUA